AUGAGAGAUAACCCGGCUGGAUAUGAGUGCGCUCUGCUUGGUCUUGGAAUACUAUGUCUGACAUAUGGCAUACCGAUCUUCCCUCGUCUCGCAAGCGACGCAUUUUGGCAAAAUGCGAGGAAGAUGAUCAUCUUGCUUGGGAUGUCGGAUCACGGUAUCAUCAAACUCUCGGGAUGCUACAUCGGUGGACUUCUGGAGGAGUGGAAGAUGCAAUGGACCUCAGACGUGCUUGAUAAAUGCUCAGAAAGUGCAUUCUACGACGCCGCAGACUCCAGCACAAUCACCAGAGCCUGGGAAUUCCGUUCCGCGUUCGAAGCCCAUGUUGAAAGAUGGAUGAAGUACUUUUGCCUGAGGAGGGAUAGAAUUAAGUUUGGUUUUGGUAUGUUGAUGCUAUGGGAGAUCAGACUUUGCAGCAUGGGAGGCCGUCGAGUGAGCUUCAGGAUUCGAAGAUCAUUUGACGCGGGCACAUCAUGGACAUUUGAGACGUCACAUUUCAGGAGUUUUCAGCUUGGUAUGUUAUCUAUACAAACGCACUCCAAGGCGCCGCCGCCCAUGAAGCUUCAUCUGGCAGUGCAGAUGGCUUUUGUGUUGUACAUUCAUGUUCCCAUUCCGACCUUCCUCAUUUAUUGAGAUCAAUCGUCCUCUUUCGACUUGCGGAGUCCUCGAUCGUGCUUCGUGCAUCAUCGUGAUCUUGCCUAGGUGGCAUGGUCUACCAUUCAGCAUCUCCUUAAGAUGCUGCCGGAGCCGCUGCACCACCGCGGGGACCACCGCGUCCACGGCCACGGCCCCUGAACUCGCCUCCCUCGCCACGGCCUCGACCGCCGCCUCGGCCGCCUCUGAACUCGCCAUCUCCACGACCGCGGAAGUUGCCACGACGUCCGCCGCGCCCACGGAACUCAUCAUCACCUCUGCCACGGAAGCCACCGCGCCCACGAGUACGGCCAGGAACCUCGCUGAAGCCAUCUGCAUCCGUCGUUGGAGCUAGAGUGUCCGCAGCGCUGUCGCCCCAGCUAUUGUCUUGCUCUCCUGGAGCUUUGGUGUGCCAUGAUUCUCCAGCUUGGUUGCCAGUCGCAGCCUCGUGUGACUCUUCAGCCCAGCUUGUACCUUGUUGUUGUGUCGGAGCGGGAGUCUCAGCUGGAAUCUCCACCUCUUCGGAAGGGCGAGGGACAAUCUCGUAGCUCUCCUGGAGACUGC